UCAAAGAAACAGCAAGGCAAGCUUCCUUUCUCUGUAGGAAUCAUUAUUAGCCCCCUUCAUCAUGGCCCACCUGGGUGCCCAUUUUGCCUUUAGAUCCCGCUGGCAGAAGACCGACGAUGAACUCUGUCGACAUAGCAUGUCUUUUAUCCUUCACAAAGCCAUUCGCAAUGACUUCUUUCAGAGCUAUCUCUACCUGCUGGAAAAAAUUCCCCUGGUGAAAUUGUACGCUUUAACGAGCCAAGUCAUUAAUGGUGAGAUGCAGUUCUAUGCCAGAGCAAAACUUUUCUACCAGGAAGUACCAGCCACAGAAGAGGGUAUGAUGGGAAAUUUCAUUGAACUGUCCGGUCCAGACAUCCAGGCAUCUCGGAAAUUUCUUAGGAAAUUUAUUGGGGGGCCUGGGAGAGCUGGAACAGACUGUGCCUUGGACUGCGGCUCCGGAAUAGGAAGGGUCAGCAAACACGUCUUAUUGCCUGUUUUCAACAGUGUGGAGCUGGUGGAUAUGAUGGAAUCCUUUCUCCUUGAAGCCCAGAACUACCUGCAGGUCAAAGGUGACAAAGUAGAAAGCUACCACUGCUACAGCCUGCAGGAAUUCACACCCCCGUUCAGGAGAUAUGAUGUCAUCUGGAUUCAGUGGGUCUCUGGGCACCUGACUGAUAAGGACCUUCUUGCAUUUCUUUCCCGGUGCCGAGAUGGCCUGAAAGAAAAUGGCGUCAUCAUAUUGAAGGACAAUGUGGCCCGGGAGGGCUGUAUCCUCGAUCUCUCUGACAGCAGUGUGACUCGGGACAUGGACAUCCUCCGGAGCCUCAUAAGGAAGAGUGGGCUGGUGGUGCUGGGCCAAGAGAAGCAGGACUGCUUCCCAGAGCAGUGCAUCCCCGUGUGGAUGUUCGCACUGCACAGCGACAGACACUCCUGAAAAAGCAGUGGGAAUGAACGCCCGGACUGGGCA